AUGUCAUCUGUCAAGACCUUUGCCGUACCCAUCGAGAACACCCGGAACGUCACGGUAUUCGCUCACGUUGACCAUGGAAAGACGUCGUUUGUCGACUCGCUGCUAUCCGCGAACAAUAUCAUCUCGUCUCGUCUGGCGGGAAAGAUCCGAUACUUGGACUCUCGGGAGGAUGAGCAGGAGAGAGGAAUCACCAUGGAGAGUAGUGCUGUCUCGCUUGCAUUCCAAAUGCUAAGACGGACCAAAGAAGACCCCAACCCGGUUGCAUGUCAUCAUAUCCUCAACCUGAUCGACACUCCAGGACACGUCGAUUUCGCCUCGGAAGUCUCGACCGCUUCUCGUCUAUGUGACGGGACGCUCGUCCUCGUCGAUGUCGUGGAAGGUACGAUUGCUGUCUUACGUCAAGCUUGGCAGGACAACCUCAAACCCAUCCUGGUCAUCAACAAGAUGGAUCGUUUGAUCACCGAGCUCAAACUUUCGCCCUCCGAAGCAUACCACCACCUGUCACAGCUCAUCGAGCAGGUCAACGCCGUCAUGGGCAGUUUCUUCGCGAGCGAGAGGAUGGAGGAAGAUCUCCGUUGGCGAGAGAUGAGGGAAAGCCGAUUGAAAGAACGGAAAGCCAGAGAAGAAGAGAUGGAUGACCAGACGGCCGAGACCGAGCAGGAAGACGAUGGCGAAUUCGAAGAGAAGGAGGACGAGGACCUCUACUUUGCCCCAGAAAGGGGUAACGUCAUCUUCGCUUCCGCGAUCAACGGGUGGGCUUUCCGAUUAGGUCGAUUCGCACAGCUCUAUGCGGCCAAAUUGGGGAUCCAGGAGCAAAAGCUGAGGCGGGUGUUAUGGGGAGAUUUCUACCUGGAUCCGAAGACCAAGCGGGUCGUUGGCAGGAAAAAGGCCUUCGAGGGAGGCAAGGGGAGGUCGUUGAAGCCGUUAUUUGUGCAAUUCGUUCUGGACAACAUCUGGAAAGUAUACGAGACGGUUCUGGAAGAGCAUAACCCGGACAAGGUGCAAAAGAUCGUGACGGCCCUCAACCUGAAGAUCCACCCGCGAGAGUUGAAGAGCAAGGAUACCAAGAACCUGCUCACCGUCAUCUUCCAACAAUGGCUGCCGCUAUCGACAUGCGCUUUCCAAGCCGUCGUAGACAUCAUCCCCUCGCCACUCACCGCUCAACCGAUCCGACUGCCUCGAAUGCUUCAUCCUACCGUUUACACGUCACCGUCGGCGGGUGCGAUCAAGCCCAACAACAAGCUCGAGGAGGACCUUUACGCUUGCCGCCAAGGUGAAAAGGACAACGUGGUAGCCUACGUGAGCAAGAUGUUUGCGAUUCCGAAAUCGGAUCUUCCAGAGAAGCGCCGAAAAGAGGUGACUGCUGCCGAGAUGCGUGAGCGGGGUAGGAUCGAGCGGGAAAAGAGGGCAGCUGCCGCGGCUGCUGCAGCUGAAAACGGUGGCCAGGAGGCUGCGGCAUAUGUUCCUCUUGAUAGUGCGGUCCUGAAUGGUCAGCCUGAUACCGUCGCGCCCGAGGAGCAGGCUUCCGACGAGACCGAGGACAACACUGGAGAAGCGCUGAUCGGGUUCGCGAGGAUCUACUCGGGUACGAUCAGGCGCGGCAGUCAAGUUCACUGUAUCCUGCCCAAGUUCGAUGCCUCCGUACCGCGAGAUCACCCCAAGAACGCCCGGUUCAUUCAGACGGCAACGAUCACGAACCUGUACAUGAUGAUGGGUCGGGAAUUGGUACCCGUCGAGAUCGUUCCAGCGGGAAACAUUUUCGCCAUUGGUGGUUUGGAGGGCAAGGUCUUGCGGAACGCCACUCUAUGCGCGCCCGGUACUGAUGGGGUCGCGGAGUCGGCUAGCUCGGACGAGUGUAUCGUCAACCUUGCUGGUGUCGCUAUGCAGACGGCGCCUAUUGUCAGGGUCGCUCUGGAGCCUGCCAUACCCUCCGAUCUACCUAAACUGGUGGAAGGUUUGCGAUUGCUGAAUCAAGCCGAUCCUUGCGUGGAGGUAUUGGUUCAGGAAACUGGGGAGCAUGUCAUCUUGACGGCUGGAGAGUUGCAUCUGGAGCGAUGCCUUAAGGAUCUGCGUGAGCGUUUUGCCAAGUGCGCUAUCAGCGCUUCUGAAGCGAUCGUGCCCUUCCGCGAGACCGCCGUAAAAGUCGCUGAGAUGAACCCGUCCAAGUCGACCGAAGGUUCUCGAGGCAAGUUUGUCGGUACCAGUGUUGCCUCUUUCGUCAAGGUCACGGUACAAUCUGCGCUGUUACCCGAAUCUGUUGUCGAAUUCUUGCAACAUACCGCUAGCACUAUCCAAACUCUUCAAGAUCAGGAUCGACAGGUGCAGACUGACGAGAGCCGAGACGACGUGACCACGGACAGGAAUGCCCAAUUGCUGCAGCCGGUCGACUUUUGGAACAAGCUCUCUGCUUUACUGGACGCAGCGGGCCCUGAGUGGAAAGGCACAGCCGAUCACAUCUGGGCAUUCGGUCCCAAGCGGAUCGGACCCAAUCUGUUGAUCGACAAGACCGGUUCCUCGUCGAGGGGUCUUCGAGCUAAAAGUCAGCUCAUUUCCGAGGCCAAGGCCCAAGGCAAAACCGCCGCCGAGGUGGCCGAUCUCGUGACGCAGUUGCAUGAAGCCAACAUCAGUGAAGAGGCCAUCAUGGGCGAGAUUGACGAAAAGGCCAAUCAGCGACUGCUCAGCGAAUUUGACAACAAUAUCGAGACCGGCUUCCAGUUGGCCACUUACCGUGGACCUCUCUGUGCCGAGCCCGUCAUCGGUAUGGCAUAUAUCGUAGAAAACAUCGAGAUCGCCAAGGGUGAUGACGGCGAUGACAGUCUCAAGAGCCGAAUGCCGCAAGUCACUGGGUCUAUCAUCUCAGCUGUUCGGGAUGCGUGCCGAAAUGGUCUACUAGACUGGUCACCACGUAUCAUGCUUGCGAUGUACUCGUGUGACAUCCAGGCUUCGACUGACGUACUCGGAAAGGUCUAUGCAGUAGUGGCUAGACGACGGGGAAGGAUCGUCUCCGAGGAGAUGAAGGAGGGAACAUCGUUCUUCACCAUCCGAGCUCUGUUGCCCGUUGUCGAGUCUUUCGGCUUUGCUGAUGAAAUUCGUAAAAGAACGUCUGGAGCUGCGAGCCCUCAACUGAUUUUCAACGGAUUCGAGAUGCUGGACGAGGACCCCUUCUGGGUACCGACGACCGAGGAAGAACUGGAAGACUUUGGUGAAAAGGCGGACAAAGCCAACAUCGCGCGGACAUACACUGAUGGCGUGAGGAAACGAAAGGGAAUGUUUGUAGAACAAAAGGUGGUCGAGCAUGCGGAGAAGCAGAGGACUCUGAAGCGCUAGGUCGGACGUUGAGAGACGUUCUUUGUAGAUGAGUGCAUAAAUGUAGCGUCCCACUGGCAUUGUCUGUUGCUCCUAGGUUGCCAUUAACCUUGGGUGUCGGUUUCAUUUUCAUGCAACCAUGUCAAUCGAGUUGUGUGAGCUGCUUUCUCAGAUUCCAUGCAAGUCCCCGAUUAUCACUAGCAUCGAUCGACUCGAUUCUAGUUCCCGCCUGCUUCAAUAGCCGACUGCAAGCACAGCAUGCCGACGAGAAGUCGUUCCACUGUCUCCCUACAUAAGAAGGUUCUCGCCACACUCUAGGCGCGGAUUGGACCG